AUGUCCACCACUGUAGACGCACAAUGGCCUCCGGGCGAAAUUUGGGUCAAUCUUAUCCCCUUCGGCCCCUCCGCAAACUGCACACUCACCCUCUGCCCUGUCGAAUGGGGUGUCUUUGGGUAUCGGCCUUCCAUCAGCGCCAACGCAGCGCUACUGGCCAUCUUUGGCGUCCUUCUUCUCCUCCACACGGCACAAGGGGUCAAGUACCGGGCCUGGGGGUACAUGGGGUGUAUGGUGGCAGGUUUCAAUGCCUUUCUGAUGCAGAUCAUCUGCAUAACGGUAGCCCCAGUGUUCUACUGCGCUGCAGUGUAUGUGCUCCUUUCGCAACUCAUCAUUACAGCUGAUCCGGUUCUCUCCCGCCUCCCACCAAAGCUCUUCUACUACGUCUUCAUCCCCGCCGACAUAAUCUGCCUCGUCCUACAAGCCACGGGCGGCGCGCUCUCCGCCACAGGUGCUACUGUCAGCGCCGUGAACACCGGCGUCGACGUCUCAAAAGCGGGUCUCAUACUGCAGGUCGUCGUGCUCGUACUCUUCCUGUCGUUCUUCGUAGACUACCUCGCCCGGUAUGGGCGGUUGCACGGGCGUGAAUUACUGGGGACAUUAAGGGUUUUCUUGGGCGCGAAUUUUGCGGCCGUAGUGUUGAUUCUGGUAAGGUGCAUUUACCGUAUUGUGGAGCUGAAGGAUGGGUAUUUUGGGCCGGGUUUUAGGCAUCAGUGGGAUUUUGUUGCCUUGGAGGGCGUGUAA